AUGAACCAUCGAAACUGUGAUGACUUGCAACCGGUCAAAACAUCACGGAGCGGUCGAACGAACGACGAGCGAACAGGUAGCCGAGCGAAUGACGAACGAGCGAUUGGAGGAACAACGGAAGAACAGUCAAAAGAACUGCCGCCAGUUCGGAGGGCAGUCAGCGAGCGAGCGAAUCAACGAGCGCGCACGCGCCUGAGGCAAACAAGCGAACGAAUAAACGACGCGAAUUCGCGACGAACGGACAGUGAUAACGGUGGACAGUUGGACUUUGUUGUUUCGUGA